AUGAGACGAACGCUGGAAGCUCUCCAAAACCCCGGUGUUCAAAUGGUCUGUCAAUCUAGAAUAUGCAGACGUUCUCGUCUUCGAAUAGAAGAAGGAGACACAGGCUGUUCACAUCAGUCGGGUGAGAAGAACUCGUCUCAUGAAGCCAGUGUUAUGUCGACCCUGGUUCAACCCGCUGAAGUAGUUCUCUCGGAAUUUCGUAGUCGUAGCGCCCAUAUGGUGAACUUGCUCCUGUUGCUACUGGCCGCGAAAUUUGGCAUGCUACAAACUUCCAAUGAACUGAUUCAAGCGAUUUUCCGUGGGAACUACGAUGAUUGUGUCCGACUUUUGGAUCCUGAAUCCGCCAACUACCAGGAGGGUGCACGAGUAAAUACCAAAGAUGCGCGCUGGCUGACUGCGCUUCAUCGAGCAUGUGCAUGCAAUGCAGUUGAUGUAGUGAAGGUCGUGGAGGUGUUACAUCAGUUUGGUGCCGAGGUGAACUGUCGGGACAAGGAUCAAUACACCCCAUUGCAUGCUGCCGCCGCCCUCGGCUGCGUGAACACUGUGAAAGCUCUGAUCGAGCUGGGAGCUGAAAUGCUGCCUACUACUGCCCAGGGAAAUACGCCUCUCCAUAUUGCUUGCUUGAACGGUCGAGAAGAAGUUGUGGAGCUACUUUUAGAAGCCAUAGCCAAUGCCGCAUUACAACCAGCUUCCAAAUGUUCACCUUCUAUGGACGCACCUUCGAGUGAUUCGAGCCCAGUUUCCCAGGAGACUCCGACUCAGGAUCCCGGUUUCGAAGCCACUUUGGCGGCAGUGAAUAUGAUCAGCGAACCUGGUCAUUUCACACCCAUCCAUCUAGCUGUUACGUCUACAGGUGGUGCGUAUUGCUUACGUUUGCUGCUGAACGCAGCGACGCCUCGCAUCACGCUGGCCUCAGCCAGCAAUGGCAACUCUUUGUUAGCUACUUCAACCCAAUCAUCUCGAAGAUCGCGCUGUCUGGCUGGUCUCGAAAUACCGGGUGGAGAGGAUGGGAGCCACCCCCUUCAUAUGGCUGCCUUGCACGGAAGAUUCGACCGUGCAGAAUUAUUGUUGAAUCACGGUGCUGUCGUUGACGCCCGAGAUCGCUGGGGUAAUACGGCCCUCCACAUUGCAGCCGAUCGUGGUCAUGAACUGUUCAUUCUUAGUAUGAUUCGGGCCGGUUGCAGGUGGGAUGUCCGCGGUCACGGAGGAGCAACUGCUCUACACCGUGCAGCUCUUUCUGGUUUCCAGGCCUGUCUCUUCAGAUUGAUUGCGGCGGCUCUUACGGAUUUAGUGGGCGAGGAUAAAGUCAAUUCAAUAUUGAAUGACUCCAGGGACAUUCAUAAGUCUCGUGAACAACUAGACAUUGUGGAUGUGAGUCGCUUCGGCGAUUCCCCCGAAAUUAUUGCACGUCUGGCAGAAAUAAUGCAGCUGAAAGAUUCUUAUGGCCGCACGUUAGUUCAUGCAGCAGCUUUGGGGGCUAACAUGGACUGUGUGAAGUUGGUUCUAUUAUCUGGCGGGGAUCCGUUUGCGAUCGAUCAAUACGGUCGUACCCCAUUGCACUACGCGGUGGCUUCAUGUGCUUUUGCGGUUCGCCCUCCCAUGUCCGGAUCCCCAUUAUCACCCGGAGUCACUAGUCUAUCUCCGGGGUCUUCUUUAUCUCCGAUUGCAUCACCACUCAAUAGCGCUCCGUGGUACUAUCGCGCCAACGCGAUCGCCGAUGCUGUUUCAGCAUCGUUGGUGUUCCUCAAACUCGGUGCUAAAGCAGAUGUGCAGGACAAUAGCGGUUGCACUCCCCUGCACCUCGCAAGCGCGUAUGAUACGACCGGUCAGUUAGUCAAACACUUGCUCUCCCCGCUAGCUGGAAUUUUCGCCCUGGCGUCUUGGCCACCUGCCUCAGAGGAUCUUGCUGGGGAAGAAUUUUCCGGCCGUGUUGUGGAUAGUACGACUACUUGUGGCUUAAGUUCAGGCGAGAUUGAAUUGAUAAUGAUCAAAAACAACAACAUCAGUGUUGACACUGAUGCUUCACCGCCGUACAACCAUAAGAUGCUGCUAGAUGCUUGGACUCGGUCCAAAGUGUACGAGACACGGAAAGGUGAACCAACUCACACGCAGUGCGACCUAUCUAGAAAACAUGGAAUUGCUGUGCUGGAUCGCUACGAGUCUAGAGCCCUUCCCCCAGGACGUGUUGUUGACUCUGGUGGACAUACCUGUUUACAUUUGGCUGCCAAUGCAGGUCAUUCACAUAUCUGCCGUCUCCUGCUCAAUAGCCGAAACGUGACGGGGACUCUGCUGCGCGCAAAGGACUCUGUUUACCGGUGGCAUGCUUUGCAUCAUGCUGCCGCUCAGGGUCACGCAGAUGUGGUGUCUUUGUUGCUCGAAUACGCUGAUUCCAGUUCAGAUUGGGUAUCCGUUGGCCCCACGGAUUUUCUCUAUGAAGUAGACGAGCAUGGACGUACGGCAUUAAUGCUUGCCGCCCAAAACAAUCAUCCCGGCGUCAUUCGCAUUCUUUUGUCCUCUCCAAACUCCCGAUCAUGCAGUCACUCAAGGAGCAACGUCCAGGCUUCAGAAGAGCCACCUACGAAUUGCGAGGUUAAUGCUGUUGACGUCUACGGUCGGACUGCAUUACACCGUGCUGUGGCCAAUGGUCACGCUGAAUGCGUCACAUUGCUUCUUUCGCAUGGUGCUGAUCCAACUAUCCGGGAUUUCCGUCAACGGCAAGUGUUGCAUAUGGCUGUUACUGGUGGCAAGGUUACUACCUUAUCGCUGAUGUUGAAACAUCUUAUACAACAGGGGAAAAAGCAGGGAGAAGGUCCCACCAGUCAGGCUGCACGUGACCUACUAUGCCCCCUUGAUCAAUACGGUUUCAGUCCGUUGCACUUUGCCGCCUAUCGUGGGCACCUGGACUGCGUUCAGGCAUUGCUCAACGUUGCCUGUUACGAACGGCUUCGACUUGAAUGUUUAGAAGAAGUCAUGCGGCAGAUGCUGGAUGACCUUGCUCUCUGCAGCCCCGGUAGCAUGACUCACGGCGGUAUUUUGGAUUCCUUGCCUAUCGACAAACUCAGUCCCGAUAAGUUGUUGCGUUUAGCAUCCUUCGUUGGUGGCACAGACAAUGUGGGUCACACCGCCCUCAUGGUAGCCGCAAAUGUGGGCGCGACCAGUUGCGUAGAGAUGUUACUUUCAGUCCAUGGAAGCCUGAGAUCCAAACUGGCGAAUAUUUUGCCACCACAGUCAUCAGACACUGAGGGCGUGAAUCGGGAAUCGGAAAAACUGUCCCAUAUUCUUUCCCCUGGCUACAGGGAUAAGGACGGUCGGACGGCGCUGCAUCAUGCUUGUUCUGCUCCAGAUGACAGUGCUGGUUUGGCUAUCCUGGAUCGAAUUGAAGACGAAAGUGUAAUAAUCCAACCAGAUGGAUCUCAACGUACUGCGCUUCAUCUCACGAUAGCCUCUGGCCUCGUCAAUCUUACUGAGGCCCUGAUCAGCCGCGGGGCCGAUUUCUACUCCCAGGAUACAGAAGGACGCAUUCCUGUGCUGGCAGCUGCGUCCUCUAUCCGGGUUGCUAAUUGUCUUCUGAUUAGCUUGGCUGCCAUGUUUCCCCCGAUCGGUGGUCCAGUUCCAGAAAAUCCUUUCGUUCGUGCUAGUGGCUCUUUGUUAUCCAGCAAUAAACUAUCGAGAAAAAGCAGUUGUCAUACAGAUGAUGGGCGAGACACACACCGUAAUAUCUUGAUGAGUACACCCAUAGCCGAUCAAGCAAACACGUUGCCUAAUGAGGUGAUCGAAGGUGACUCGUCCAGCAGUACCCCGCCCCUUCAGGGACCGUCACCAUAUCCAGGUUCGGAAUCGGAUUUCUUUUGA